GCAGAAACCUGAUGCACCUCCUAUGUUGCCAGGUUUUCUCCCGAUAAUAGGACAUUCACAUCAUCUUAUCGGAGACCGUAAACAUCUCUGGAAGUAUAUAAAAUACUUUACCUCAACGUCACUCAAGUAUGGCGGAGUUGCAGAAGUAUGGUUUGGCAUAAAGAGACAUUAUGUUCUAACCGAUCCAGAUGAUUGCCUUAAACUGGCCAAUACAUGUUAUAGUAAAUCGUACAUCUAUGACUUUGCAAAGGACUUCAUAAACAAUGGAUUAAUUACAGCAGACGCGGCCACAUGGAAAGUGCAUCGCAAAUUAUUAAAUCCUGCUUUUAACCAACAAGUUUUGGAUACAUUCAUUAACGAAAUGAAUAUUCAAGCACGAAAUGUUGUCUCAAAUUUGAAAAAUGAAUUAGAAAAUGAGUCUUUUGAUGUUCUGCGCCACAUAGUCAGCUUCACGCUAUCAACUGUUAGCCGAACAUCUCUUGGGUUAACAGAUGAAGACCAAAAGAUAAUAGACACGGAUUAUGCUGCAGCUAUCGACUCCAUAUUUGCUCUAUACUGCGACAGAUUCCAAAAAGUUUGGUUGCAUCUCAAUUUUAUUUUUAAGUGGAGCGAAAUAAAACGCAAACAAGAUAGACUAUUGAAAAUUUUGCAUGAUAUUAUGAUUCCGCUGAUAUUGAAAAGAAAAUCGGAGCUGUCGACUAAAAGAGAACCUACGUAUUAUGAAGAUAGGCCCGGUAAUAUAACAUUAUGA